ACCCUAAAACCUGGUUUGUUAUUUCCACGCAAACGAACAGUAAACAUAGAUUACAGCGCGUUUUGCUCUCUUUGCCGCCAUGCUUCAACAGAGCUGGGCUUUGCUCUUAUUUCUCGCUGGAAUCAGCCAGGUAGAAAAUAAUGAAGAAAGAAGUAAAAGAGCAGUCCAGGACAGAUUCAACGUUUUGAUUAAUUUGUACAAAAUGAAACCAUUGCAGCAAUCGAAUAUAUUCAAAACAUACUCAGACAAUAUACUUUAUGAAAGCAACUUAGUCAAAUCAAUAAUGUCACCGAGUAAGGAAAUUAAUGACUUUUAUCAAAAAGAUCAGGAAGUAUCUGCAGCUACAGACGUGAUGGCAGAAAUAAAAGAAAAUGUAAGAAAAGAAGAUGUGAUUGCAGAAAUAAAAGAAAAUGUAAGAAAAGAAGAUGUGAUUGCAGAAAUAAAAGAAAAUAUAAGAAAAGAAGAUGAGAUUGCAGAAAUAAAAGAAAAUGUAAGAAAAGAAGAUGUGAUUGCAGAAAUAAAAGAAAAUGUAAGAAAAGAAGCAAGCGAAAUCCAAAGAAAAGAAAGGAAACUAAGUAAACAUGAUAAUAAUGAUAAACAAGACAGAAAAUCAUGUAAACAAUAUGAAACGAGAAAUGACAAAUGGCAUUAUUAUGAAAGAGAUAUGCCUAGUGAUGGUUCCUAUACUAAUAAAGUGGUGGUAUUGUAGUAAACAAGAUGUAUUAUUUCUAUGACUGUCAAAGUUAUUGUACCUAAAAAUCGAGAUGAAAUUCGAUUAUCUAACUUUUUUUCUAUGAAACAUAACAAACAAUAUUAUA